CAGUGCUGCCACUCCUUGGAUUUUUCUACUAGAUCUUGGUUUUUCUGCUCCAAGCUUGGAGUCUUGGAUUUUUUUCAGUUAAAUUCAGGAAAUCUUGGUUUUUUGGUCAUGGCAAUGAAAUUCAUGUAUUUUUCCCCAUUUCCUCCAGUAUCAGAUAUUUAAUGAAAUAAAAUACGUAUACAUAGUGAUAAUAAUAGGAAAAAAACAAUAUUUAUGUAAAUAACAUUACAUAUUUUCGUCAGUGUAAAUUAUAAAUGUACUAUAUUGUCGACUGAAGUCGUUGGGUUUGAGAUUCGGACACCUCUGCUGAGCCAAACGGAGUCAGACCUGACUAAACUGUUUCCGUAGGAUUGUUCGAAUAUUAUGUUAGACAAAUUUUCCCAACUGAUUUGCCGUUCCUGUUCUUUUAUGUAUUUAUCUCGUUCAUCGUCACGUUACUCACGUAACUCAUGUGUAACUCGUCAGAAUAACAGUGCGCAGCGUUUUGGCCUUCUUGUUUUACACGAACCAUACUUGUCAGAAUACGGGCGCGAAACAUUGCUUUGUCAUAUACUACACGUACCAUUCUCGUCAGAAUACAGGCGCCGCAUUGUCUGCGUCGACCAUUCAAAAGUACUGCUUAGCGACUUGAAAACUGGAAAAUGCCAUCAGCGCUACAAGGAUAUGUGCUCAAAAGUGGAAAUGGCAACUCUGCAUUCACCUGACCCUGAUGAUGACGACAGUGAUGAGGAACCCCCACUUCAGGUGUAUGCAUAUUAGGGUGCAUUCCUUGUGUAGCCUGCUGGUGUGAUGGCUGCCGGAGGGCAGGGCCAGUAUGCCGAGGCUCAACCGAGGCAGGAGCUGGUGUACUUCUUUGCAGGUAGACGAGCUUCUCAACCCGACGUCGCGCAUCAGAACAUUACUGGAGGACGGCAGAGUGUUCGGGGUAGAGGACGGUAGACAUGCAAAGAUAAGCAUUGAGGGGUUUCGACUGUUCAUCCAUUCCCUCGAGAGUGAUCUACAGAUCUUACCUGUACACUCUGCUCGUUUGCCGAUGAGCGACAUUGUGCCACUGGCACCCCCUGCCGGGUGUUCUUGGACCUGCAGUGGCCGAACAAUGGACAUCGGGGUCGGGUCAUUAUUCAUCUGUUCAGCAACUGUUCACUAAGCCAACAGUUUCUGUUGCUGUGUACAGGACAGCGGCGGGGCCUUUCUUAUCUUAAUUCCAAACUACUCGGGGUGCGGAACAAAGGAAGGGAGGGAGAAACGGUGUUGGGAGGAAUUGUUAUCAGUAACAUGGAAAGAGAAACCGCUCAGUUGCCUCAGCUUAACAGAAGGAAGACCGGCAAACCGUACUAUAAAGGAGAAGUGUCAGCAAGGACGACUAAUGGGUCCUUGAAUGCACAGUUUGCUAUCUCCACCAUCGAUCGGUAAAGUCAAGCCACGAAUGGAACUGUCUUUGGAAAGGUGGAACUUGGCCUCGAAGUUUUGGAAAUUGCCGCUAGAUGUCAGAUCAUUACUGACAUAAGAGUGGUGGACUGUGGAGUAGUCAUUCCAAUAACAACAUGCAUUCAUGAGUAAUUUUGCUCAUCAUUUGCUCCUCUUUCGGCGUCUUAUUAUUUUCAGCCAAGGACCAUUAUCAAUUAGUUAAUUGGUAAUAUUUCAGAGCACCAGUAAAGUGAAAGCACCAGUCUUGUGACGACACGAACUGAACUCGAGGACGCCAGGUUGGUUUGACUCAGCACAGUAGUAAUGUCCCACACAGUAACACCUUCGUUCUUCCUCGCCUUGACACAAUACAAGAAAAGAAAUAGCCAGCCCUGUGUGGAAUACUUAAUCAUGAAUGUUUGCACUUGUACUGACUCAAAAAAAAGUUACUUAGUUAGCUAUAGGCUGUAAAUUAGCUAUCGAGUUUCCACAGUGUGAAUUAUCACUAAUCUAUUAUAUGACUGACAAUUAUCUAGACUUUUUACCCUCAGGUUCUACUCCAGAAGUUAGGUCAAUAAUAAUAAUAAUAAUAAUAAUAAUAAUAAUGAUAAUAAUAUUAAUAAUAAUGAUGAUGAUGAUGAUGAAAAAUAAAUAAAAGUCUCAGUCCUAGGCUUAGAUGACAUUCAUGUUAAAUAACAAAGCUCUCUGCUCUUGUAUAAGCUCCUCAUAUUUUUAGAUUGAUUAACCUAUCUUCGAAUGGGUCGAGUUCCUGAGAAACUUGAACGCGCUAAAAUUAUUCCUAUCUUUAUAGAAGCCAAUAAAGGAGAUGUAAUAGAUUACAAACUCAUUUUUACCUCAAGUUGAAUGACAAACAUUUGAAUGUGCUUUGACUAACUUACUUACAGAAUUUUAAGAAAAUAAUAAAAUAAUUGCUUACUAUCAAUAUAAAAUUCGGACAAAACCUUUCACCACAAACAGCAAUUACCUACGUACACAGCUAACAAUUGAUCAUGUUCUGCAGGAACAGGGAAAUAGGAAAUUCUCACUUAGUGUUCUCUUAGAUCUUUUAGAACUAUUUGAUACUCUAGAUCACAAGCUACUUUGAAAAAAGUUGCAUCAAUAUAGAAUUGAAAACAAUUUUCUGGGGUGGUUUGUGAGCUACUUACACAAAAGAAGGCAGUGCUCUGUAAUAAACUAUGUCAUAUCUGAUGUGAAUGUUAUUAAAAUUUAAGAGCGGAGUCUCUUAGAUAUCUACAUUAGGUCCUUUUCUAUUUUUGUUAUAUAUUAAUCAUGUUCUGGAAUCUUUAAAAGUAGUACUUAAUCUUUCAUUGUUUGCUGAUGAUAGUAAUGCUACUAUUUUAAUCACAGAUGUGGUGUAACGGUGUCACAUAAUAAAGAACGUUGUACUUA